CUAUCAAUGUUUUUAUCGGUCGUCAGCUGGAUAAAAUCGGUCUGAUUCCAGCGAUAUAGUUUCUCUGCGCCAUAAUCGUUAUAGCUGUGGUGUAAACUCUGCUAUUCUUUAAUAUUGAACGAUUUUAGAACUAUAUCUUUAUCGUUAUCUGAUAUAUUAGAAAGCUAUAACAUUAGUUAUCCUCCUUGUCGGGAACGGGCCUUAACACUCCUUAUCAGCAGGGAGCGAUUUAUAAAAGAAUUGUUGUGGCCUAAAACAUAAAAAGAAAGGAAGUCAAACCAAAAGGUUAGUCAGUGUUCAAAAGUAGCCUAUACAUAUUAUUUUACAACUAAGUUCAGAGCGUAUUUCACCUAGACGAUAGACGCUCGCGAACUGAAAUGGCGGGUUUUUCUUAUCGCGCAGGUACGUUAGGCUAACCAUAACAACAGUAAGCUCUUAGCAUAUUGAUCAUUAAACACAAAACACAAAUACUGUGCUCAAAUAAUAUAUUUAUCAGGUUAUUUUGGAAUAUAUAUGGCAGAAAAAAAACGUGUUUUGUUUAAAACAUCUUUAAGAUAGUUGACGGUUUGCUUUUUUGCGCUAGGCGCCAAACGCCUUGCGCGAGACGAAUCUCAAAAAAAAAAAAAAAAAAAAAAAAAAACCUUUUAAAAGAAGACUCACUUUAUGUUAUUCAACAAUUUGCACGUGCUCAACUCUAUUAUGUUACUCUAGCUACCUCUGUUUUGUUGCGAAAACUAAAUGAAUUCUAAGUUUUUUUCGCGUAAUUAGCCCGUUCCCCAUAUUAUGAUGCCCUGCGCUACGUCAGGUGCCUGGAAGCCGUUCAUAGUCAAGCUCACAGUGCGUUAUUGUCCACAUCUAUCCGCACACUCUCCGUCUCUCUCUCUCUCUCUCUCUCUCUCUCCGCUCACACUGUCGCCUGCAAGCUCAUGUGUGCGCGCGCCUAGAAAUCCAUCUGAAUGCGAGGAGUGAAGGAGGUUCGGUGCGCUCUGCAGACAAAUUUUACUUGUCAUUCCUGAAUAACGGCGCUCUACCGGAGGGGCUGGAAUCGGACUUCAGCAAAAGAAGUGCGGUGGCCUUCGCCCUCACUCAGCAACGAUGUCCGAAUAUAUCCUCACCUUACUCGUCAUACUGGGAUUCGGGGAUAUAUUCUCAAAUGUUCAGACACUGAGGGACGCUGAUUCAGAGCAAGAGCCCAUUUUGUGUGACGUUGGAGAGUUUUUGUGUGGAGACCAGCUGACCUGUGUGUCCGAGAACUGGCUUUGUGAUGGGGAACCAGACUGCCCAGAUGGUUCUGAUGAGGUUCUGGACAAAUGUACGGUGGAGGUGAUAGUCAGAUGUCCCCUAAACCACAUACAGUGUAUCGGGACGAGAAAGUGUAUUCACUUCAACAAGCUCUGUAAUGGGGCGAAAGACUGUGACGACGGUUUUGAUGAAGGAGUCCACUGUAGAGAACUCCUGUCAGCCUGUCACGAGCUGCAUUGCCGUUACGGAUGCAUCAUGACCAGAAAUGGCACAUUCUGCUUCUGUGCGGAUGGAUUUGAGGUGGGAGAGGAUGGGCGUAGCUGCAGAGAUCAUGAUGAAUGCUCCAUGUAUGGGACAUGCAGCCAGACCUGCAUGAACACCUAUGGGUCAUAUCGCUGUAGCUGUACAGAUGGGUACAGCCUGCAGCCGAACAGACGCUCCUGCAUAGCCAAACACGAGCCCGGCGAAAACCCUGCAGCGCUGUUGAUUGGAGGCUCGGAUAAUAUUAUAAUCACAGCCCUAAAUGGAUCCCGCCUGCAAACCCUCAAACAACUGGACUCAAAUGGGACUCAUGGCUUGGAUUUUAACCACAAAGAAGAAUCAGUAUGCUGGGUCACAUCCUCAGAGUCCUCCGGACAACUCCGGUGUGCCAGGAUGAGGAAAGCAAGUGGCUUCACUAAAGAACAGGAAGUAAAGACUAUCCAGAAUCUCCACGAUGUUGAUCAGUUAGCCUUUGACUGGCUCACAGGAAACCUUUACUUUGUGGAUCAAGCAAGCGACAGGAUAUUUGUUUGCAACCAGUAUGGAGAUACCUGUGUUACAGUGAUAGACCUCGACCUGUUGAACCCUAAAGCAAUGGCUCUGGAUCCUCUAAUGGGGAUGCUCUUUUUCACUGAUUACGGGAAUAUAGCCAAACUGGAGCGCUGCAACAUGGAUGGCACUAACAGAACACGACUUGUGGAUUAUAAGGUUGAGCGGCCGACUGCAGUGGCUUUGGACCUGGUGAAGAAGUUGGUGUACUGGGCAGAUGCAUAUCUGGAUUACAUUGAGAUGGUGGAUUACAACGGCAAAAACAGACACACUAUCAUCCAGGGAUAUCAAGUGGCCCACCUGCAUGGAUUAGCUGUCUUUGAGGACUACUUGUAUGCAACUCGCUCUGAACCCUCUAGUGGAGCAGUGGUAGACAUCUUACGGAUAAAUCGCUUUAAUGUCACAGACCCGGAGACGCUAACCAGCAUAGGAAAUGCAAAAACGAUACGGGUUUACCACAAGCUCAGUCAACCAAAAGUCAAGGGUCAUGCGUGUGAAGUUGACCCUUAUGGUAAACCAGGAGGAUGCUCGCACAUCUGCCUUCUCAGCGGGAGCUACAAAUCCCGGAGCUGCCGCUGUCGUACCGGAUUCAGCCUGGGAAGUGAUGGGCAGUCCUGCAAAAAACCCAAGAAUGAUCUUUUCAUCUUCUAUGGAAAGGGACGACCCGGGAUAAUCCGUGGUCUGGACAUGAAUGUGAAGUCAAGCAAUGAGCACAUAGUUCCUAUUGAGGACUUGGUGAAUCCAAGAGCUUUAGACUAUCAUGCUGAAACUGGAAACAUUUACUUUGCUGACACUACAAGUUUUUUGAUAGGACGGCAGAAAGUUGAUGGAAGCAGUCGGGAAACAAUUCUCAAAGAUGAUCUUGAUAAUGUGGAGGGUAUUUCAGUGGAUUGGAUUGGGAAUAACCUGUACUGGACCAACGAUGGCUACAGAAAAAUAAUCAGCGUGGCCAGGCUAGAACUGGCAUCUGAAACCAGGAAGACUCUUCUGGAAGGAGACAUGUCUCACCCUAGAGCCAUAGUGGUGGAUCCUCUCAAUAGUUGGAUGUACUGGACAGAUUGGGAAGAGGAUGAGGUGAACGACAGCAUUGGGAGAAUAGAGAAAGCCUGGAUGGACGGAUCCAACAGGGACAUAUUUGUCACAUCUAACAUGCUGUGGCCCAAUGGACUCACCCUGGACCAUGGAACCAGUACCAUGUACUGGUGUGAUGCCUAUUAUGAUCACAUUGAGAGAAUCUACCUCAAUGGCACUGGGAGAAUGGUUGUGUACAGUGGCAGGGAACUCAAUCACCCAUUUGGGAUUGCACAGUACCAAAAUUCCAUCUUUUGGACAGAAUAUAUGAACGCCUCCAUCUUCCAGCUGGAUCUGGUCUCUGGUGAAGUCACUCUGCUGAGAAGUGAAAGACCUCCUCUGUUUGGGCUCCGAGUAUUUGAUGCACAAAGCCAGCUGGGUGACAAUGCCUGCCGGGUGAAUUAUGGUGGUUGUGGUACCCUCUGUUUGGCCGUCCCAGGAGGCAGAGUGUGCGCAUGUGCUGACAAACAGCACCUGGACAAGAACAAUGUCACAUGCUCUGACUCUGCAGGCCAAGAGGAGCCCCAGCAGUGCAGAAAUGAUGAGUUUCAGUGCAGGAACUGGCGUUGCAUUCGAGCCAAUUGGAUUUGUGAUGGAGAUGAUGACUGUUUAGAUGGCAGUGAUGAGGAGGCCCACAUAUGCUCUAACCACAGUUGUCCGAUUGACCAGUUCAAGUGUCCCAAUAACCGCUGCAUACCCAAGAGGUGGCUUUGUGAUGGAACCAAUGACUGUGGAGAUAAUGAAGAUGAGUCUAAUAAAACAUGCUCAGCCCAGCCAUGUCGGGCUGGUCAAUUCACCUGUGGUAAUGGUCGCUGUGUACCAGAAGCGUGGCGCUGCGAUCAAGAUGAUGAUUGCGGAGACAUGUCAGAUGAGUCCACAUCCUGUGCGUUCCCAACCUGCGAAGCUCUCAGCCAGUUCAGCUGCGCUAAUGGAAGGUGCAUUAGCAUGAAGUGGCAUUGUGACUCAGAUGAUGACUGUGGAGACAACAGUGAUGAAGCAGGCUGCAUUCACUCCUGUGCUAAUGGCCAGUAUAAGUGCACCAGCGGCAGAUGUAUCCCAGACCACUGGGCCUGCGAUGGGGACAAUGACUGUGGGGACUUCAGUGAUGAAAAUGUGACUUGUGCUGGUGUUGCCCCUGCAUUGCCUCCUGUUGAAUGCAGUGGAGAGGAGUUUCACUGUCGUGCUGAUGGGACCUGCAUCCCUGAGCGCUGGCGCUGCGAUGGGGAUAAAGACUGUGAAGAUGGCAGUGACGAAACCAACUGCAAGGGCGUUAAGAGAAUGUGUGAUCCCCAGGCAAAGUUUACCUGCAAAAGCUCAGGGAAGUGUAUUAGCAAGAGCUGGGUGUGUGACGGCGACAACGACUGUGAAGACCGCUCGGAUGAAGACUCGUGUGAGUCCUCCAUCUGUAAGCCCCCUACUCAGUCCUGUGCUAAUGACUCCAGCACCUGCUUGCCUCCCAGCAAGAUCUGUGACGGGCGAAAUGACUGCGCUGACCAUUCGGAUGAGGGCCCUUUCUGUGAGAAAUGUUUGCAAGGUAAUGGAGGCUGCAGUCACCAGUGUGCAGUGAUCCCCAGCAAAGGGGUGGUGUGUUCAUGUCCCACCGGACUCCAUCUAGGCUCUGACAACCGAACAUGCGAGACAGUGGACUAUUGCUCUGCUCACCUGAAGUGUAGUCAGAUAUGCGAACAGCAUAAGACCACUGUCAAGUGCUCGUGUUAUCCCGGCUGGAGCCUUGAUCCAGAUGGAGAGAGCUGCCACAGCACAGAUCCCUUUGAGGCUUUUGUUAUCUUCUCUAUCCGGCAUGAGAUCAGACGAAUCGACCUUCAUAAACGUGACUACAGCCUGCUCGUGCCCGGCCUACGGAACACCAUCGCUCUCGACUUCCACUUCAACCGCAGUUUGCUUUACUGGACCGACGUGGUGGAGGAUAAGAUCUAUCGGGGAAAGCUCACAGAGACUGGAGGUGUGACCGGGGUCGAGGUUGUGAUUCAGCACGGUUUGGCCACCCCAGAGGGACUUGCAGUGGAUUGGAUUGCAGGAAACCUUUACUGGAUAGACAGCAACUUGGAUCAGAUUGAAGUGGCCAAGCUGAAUGGGGAAAUGAGAACGACUUUGAUUGCAGGUGGCAUGGAGCACCCACGAGCGCUGGCUGUAGAUCCAGGACAGGGCAUUCUUUUCUGGACCGACUGGGAUGCCACUUUUCCUCGGAUUGAGGCAACGUCAAUGAGUGGGAGUGGAAGACAUGUUGUGUACAAGGACAUGGAGAUAGGAGCCUGGCCUAAUGGACUCACCCUAGACCAUCAGGAAAGGAGAAUAGUGUGGACAGAUGCUCGCUCAGAUGCAAUAUAUUCUGCCCUGUACGAUGGCACAGGGGUCAUAGAGAUCCUCCGGGGGCACGAGUACCUGUCACACCCGUUCGCUGUGUCUCUCUUUGGAGGUGGUGUGUACUGGACAGACUGGAGGACCAACACUUUAGCCAGAGCGAAUAAAUGGACAGGCCGCAAUGUAACUGUGAUUCAAAAGACAAGCGCCCAGCCAUUUGAUCUGGAGAUAUACCAUCCUAGCCGACAACCUCAAGCCUCAAACCCGUGCGAAGAAAACAGUGGAAGAGGUCCUUGCUCCCACCUUUGUCUCAUUGAUUAUAACCGCACAGCAUCUUGUUUGUGUCCUCAUCUCAUGAAGCUCUCCCUCAACAACCUCUCUUGUGUGGCCCUGAAGAAGUUCCUGCUGUAUGUGAGGCGCUCUGAGAUCCGUGGAGUGGACAUUGAUAAUCCGUACAUGAAUGUCAUGACUGCUUUGACGGUUCCUGACAUCGAUGAUGUCACUGUGGUGGAUUACGACGCUCUUGAGGAAAGGAUAUACUGGGCGGACGUUAAGACUCAAACAAUAAAACGCGCAUUCAUCAACGGAACAGGCCUUCAAACUGUCAUUUCCGGAGAUAUUCAAAACUGCCGUGGGCUGGCAAUAGAUUGGCUCUCAAGGAACAUGUAUUGGCUGAGCUCUGAGAAUGAGGAGACGCAGAUCAAUGUUGCCCGACUAGACGGAUCUCUAAAAACCUCAGUCAUCCAUGGGAUUGACAAACCAAAGUGUCUGACUGUUCACCCAGCCAAAGGAAAAAUUUACUGGACUGAUGGAAAUACAAUAAACGUAGCCAAUAUGGAUGGAAGUAACAGGAAGGUUCUUCAUCAGAACCAGAGAGAACCAGUUGGACUUUCGAUUGACUUUCCAGCCGGGAAGAUGUAUUGGAUCAGUUCUGCUAAUGGUACUAUCAACAGGUGCAAUCUGGAUGGUAGUGGCUUUGAGGUCAUUGAAAGCAUGAAGAGGGACUUAACUAAAGCCACGGCUCUAGCAGUCAUGGGUGGCAGGCUGUGGUGGGCCGAUGAGGAUCUGGCUCAGCUGGGGACGGUAGCCAAACGGGAUGGACGUAACCCGGUGGUGCUGCGCAAUAAGACCAGCGGAGUGGUACACAUGAAGGUGUACGACAGAGAUGGUCAGAAAGGUAGGAAUGCCUGUCAGUUAAAUAAUGGUGGUUGCUCGCAGCUCUGUCUGCCCACGUCUGAAAACACACGCACAUGCGCCUGCACCAUCGGCUACAACCUGCGAAGUGACCGUCUCUCCUGUGAAGGCUUGAGUUCUUUUCUGAUGUACUCUUUUCAUGAGGGGAUACGUGGAAUGGCUUUGGAUCCCAGUGACCAUGCCGAGACCCUGAUGCCCAUCAGUGGCACCUUGUUUGCCGUUGGCUUGGACUUUCAUGCAGGCAAUGAUACAAUUUACUGGACAGACAUGGGUUUAAACCGCAUCUCCAGAGCCAAGAGGGAUCAGACAUGGAGGGAAGACAUUAUCACCACUGGGAUUAACAGAGUGGAGGGCAUCGCAGUCGAUUGGAUUGCUGGUAACCUUUACUGGACAGACCAUGGCCUCAACCUCAUUGAAAUUGCUCGUCUAAAUGGUCUCUACCGGUCAGUUGUAAUAUCAGAUGGGCUGGAUCAGCCAAGAGCCAUUGCAGUGCAUCCACAGAGAGGUUACUUAUUCUGGACCGAGUGGGGGAAAAAUCCUUGCAUAGGUCGUGCACGACUGGACGGUUCUGACCAAGUGACUCUGGUCAGCUCUGGCAUCGCCUGGCCGAAUGGAAUCACCAUUGAUUACGAGGAAAAUAGAUUAUACUGGUGCGACGCCCGGACCGACAAGAUAGAAAGGAUCAACCUUGAGACCGGGGAGGGCCGUGAGAUUGUACUGUCAGCCUCCAAUGUGGACCUGUUCUCCGUGGCUGUGUUCGGGGCUUACAUCUACUGGUCUGACAGGGCCCAUGCCAACGGAUCAAUCCGGCGUGGAUUCAAGAGUGAUGCCACCGAUGCCAUCACGAUGAGAAGUGGUCUUGGUGUCAACCUGAAGGACGUGAAAGUGUUUAACAGAGGCCGGGAGAAAGGCACAAACCCAUGUGCGAGGAGCAAUGGAGGUUGUCAACAGCUGUGUUUUCACCUGGGCAGUGGAAGAAGGACCUGUUCCUGUGCUCAUGGGUACUUAGCCGAAGAUGGCUUUGCUUGCCAAAGAUAUGAGGGCUAUCUUCUGUACUCUGAAAGGACCAUCUUGAAGAGCAUCCACCUAUCUGACGAGAGUGAUCUUAACUCCCCUCUCCAACCUUUUGAGAAUCCAGACUACUUCAAGAACGUCAUCGCUCUGGCGUUUGAUUAUCGGCAACAGAGCUCACACCACAACCGCAUUUUCUUCAGCGACAUCCAUUUUGGGAAUAUACAGAUGAUCAAUGACGACUGGUCAGGAAGACAAGUCAUAGUUGACAAUGUGGGUUCGGUUGAGGGCUUGGCUUAUCACCGUGCAUGGGAUACGAUUUACUGGACUAGCUCCACCACCUCAAGCAUCAGCAGAUAUACAGUAGAUCAGAGCCGACAAGGAGCCUUCACCAGGCAAGCUGUUGUCACCAUGUCUGAGGAUGACCAUCCCCACGUUUUGGCCCUGGAUGAAUGUCAAAACCUCAUGUUUUGGACCAAUUGGAACGAGCAGCGCCCCAGUAUCAUGCGCUCCACUCUUGCAGGGAAUAACAUGAAAGUCAUCAUUAGCACAGAUGUAUUCACUCCAAACGGACUCACGAUUGACCAUAAAGCAGAAAAGCUGUAUUUCUCUGACGGCAGCCUGGGCAAAAUUGAGCGCUGUGAAUAUGACGGCACCCACAGACAUGUGAUUGUAAGAUCGGGACCUGGCACAUUUUUUGGGCUUGCUAUCCAUGGAAACUACAUUUUUUGGUCUGAUUGGACUCGGCGGGCUGUGCUACGAACCAACAAGUUCACUGGAGGAGACACUAAAGUUCUUAGGGCUGAUAUUCCCCACCAGCCAAUGGGAAUUAUAGCAGUUGCCAAAGACACUAAUAGCUGUGAGCUAUCUCCAUGCAGGGUUCUGAAUGGUGGUUGUGGUGACCUGUGUCUCCUUACUCCAGAUGGCACAGUCAACUGCAGCUGCCGAGGAGAGCGGAUCCUGCUCGAUGACAACAGAUGUGUGUCCAAAACGUCCUCUUGCAACAUCCACGCUGAGUUUGAGUGUGGAAAUGGGGAAUGUAUAGACUACCAGCUAACAUGUGAUGGAAUUGCCCACUGCAAAGACAAGUCAGAUGAGAAAAUGCAAUAUUGUGACAACAGGAGCUGCCGAAAGGGUCACCGUCCUUGCUACAACAGGCGUUGUGUGGCUAACAGCCGCUUUUGCGAUGGAAUCGAUGACUGUGGGGACAACUCAGAUGAGGCAUUUUGUAACAAUGUCACAUGUGCUGCAUCUGAGUCAUCCUGUCAAGAUGGAACUUGCAUACCAAUAUCCUCCUGGUGCAACCAGGUCAUCGACUGCGCCGAUGCCUCGGAUGAAAAGAACUGCAAUCACACAGAUUGUGCAGACUUUUACAGGAUGGGAGUGGCAGAAAAGGUCUUCAUCAGCUGCAACACCACCUCACUCUGCGUUCACCAUUCCUGGCUGUGCGAUGGAGCCAACGACUGCGGAGAUUACGCCGACGAGAGGAACUGUCAGGUCUCCCAUGGGCAGAAAUGUGCAGAAGGCCACUUCGCCUGCCCCAGCGGGAACUGCAUCUCCAGUGUGUGGCUUUGUGAUGGCCAGAAGGAUUGUGAAGAUGGUGCAGAUGAGUUCCAGUGUGACUCCUCCUGUCUGUGGAACCAGUUUGCUUGUUCAAAGAACAAGUGCAUAGCGAAGCAGUGGCUCUGUGAUGGCGAAGAUGACUGUGGGGAUGGGGUGGACGAGAGCGUGGAUCUCUGCGGCUCGGUGACCUGUGCCCCGGGGUUAUUCAGUUGUCCAGGCUCGUACGCAUGUGUCCCCAAGCGCUGGUUAUGUGACGGGGAGAGAGACUGUCCUGAUGGCAGCGAUGAGCUCUCUGCGGCUGGCUGUGCUCCGAAUAACACAUGUGAUGAGAAUUCCUUCAGAUGCCUUAACAAAGGCUGCAUUCCAAAACGCUUUGUUUGUGACCAUGACAACGACUGUGGAGAUGGUUCGGAUGAAUCGGUUGAAUGUGUGUACCGCUCAUGUGGGCCAGAUGAGUUCCGCUGUGCUGAUGGCCGAUGCCUGCUCAGCGCCCAGUGGGAGUGUGAUGGUUACCCAGACUGCCCUGACCACUCUGAUGAGCUGCCCCUCAACCUCAAAUGCCUGGCUGCUGAGAGCUUAUGCAACAGUUCCUUUUUCAUGUGCUCAAAUGGCCGCUGUAUAUCCGAGAAGAGUUUAUGUGACCUGAAAGAUGACUGUGGAGAUCGUUCAGAUGAGAAAAACUGCAAUGUCAAUGAAUGUCUGAACCGUCGUGUCAGCGGAUGUACGCAGGAUUGCCAAGACUUACCGGUGGGAUACAAGUGUAAGUGCUGGCCAGGAUUUCACCUGAAGAAUGAUGGGAGAACAUGCGUUGACAUUGACGAAUGCUCCACGACCCUACCCUGCAGUCAGAACUGCACCAACACUUACGGUUCCUUUAAGUGCUUGUGUGUAGAUGGCUAUGAAGCGUCCAGAAAAGACCCCAACAGCUGCAAGUCUCUUUCAACUGAAGAACCCUUUCUUAUACUUGCUGAUCUUCAUGAAAUCAGAAAAUUAAGUGUUGAUGGAUCCAAUUACACUCUCCUGAAACAGGGCCUUAACAACAUUAUCAGCUUAGAUUUUGACUACAAGAAGGAGUUCAUAUACUGGAUUGACUCCAGCAGACCCAGCGGCCGGAGGAUAAACAGAAUUCGCCUUAACGGCAGUGACCUCAAGAUUGUUCACCGAACAGCUGUGCCAAGCGCACUGGCUGUCGACUGGAUUGGAAAGAAUUUGUACUGGUGUGACGUGGAGAGAAAGACGCUGGAAGUGUCCAAAUCCAACGGUUUAUACCCCACCAUCUUAGUGAGCUCUGGCCUGAAGAACCCCACAGACCUGGCUCUGGAUGCUCAAACCGGGUAUGUGUUCUGGAUUGACUGCUGUGAAAACUCUCACAUCGGUCGAGUUGGCAUGGACGGCCAAGGCCAAAGCGUUAUUGUGAACAAAGAGAUCUACGGCCCCUCAGCUCUAACCAUUGACUACACAAACAAGAGAAUCUACUGGGCUGAUGAUAAUCACAUCCUUUUUGCCAACAUGGACGGUUCUCAGAGGCACCGGGUUCCUCAUGACCACAUCCAGGGUGUGAUGGGGCUCACACUGUUCGAGGACUUCAUUUAUUGGACCGACGGGAAGUCCAAAUCUCUCCGCCGAGCUCAUAAGACCACCGGUGCUAAUGCUGUUGAGCUCCUAAAUUCAUGGCAAGCCAUUAAGUCUGUCAUUGUCUACCACCCACUGCGCCAGCCUGAAGUCCCCAAACACCAAUGUCAAGUGGCCAAUGGAGGUUGUAGUCACUUGUGUUUACUCUCUCCUGGAGGAGGUCACAAGUGUGCCUGCCCAACUAACUUCUACUUGGCCGCCGAUAAUAAGACAUGCCUGUCCAACUGCACAGCCAGCCAGUUCCGCUGUGGAACGGAUGAGUGCAUCCCAUUCUGGUGGAAAUGCGAUACAGUAGACGACUGCGGUGAUGGGUCUGAUGAGCCUGCGGAUUGUCCGGAAUUCAAAUGCCAGCCUGGGCGUUUUCAGUGUGGCACUGGCCUUUGUGCCUUACCUCCCUUCAUCUGCGAUGGAGAGAAUGACUGCGGGGACAACUCAGAUGAGGCCAACUGUGAUACAUACAUCUGUCUGUCAGGACAGUUCAAGUGCACCAGAAAGCAGAAGUGUAUACCAUUAAAUCUUCGUUGCAAUGGACAGGAUGACUGUGGGGAUGGCGAGGAUGAGACAGACUGCCCUGAGAGCACAUGUUCUCCAGACCAGUUCCAGUGCAAGGCCACCAUGCAUUGCAUCUCAAAGCUCUGGGUGUGCGACGAGGACCCGGACUGUGCUGACGGCUCUGACGAGGCCAAUUGUGAUGAAAAGACCUGCGGACCUCAUGAAUUUCGCUGUGAGAAUAACAACUGCAUCCCGGACCACUGGAGAUGUGACAGCCAGAAUGACUGUGGAGACAACUCCGAUGAGGAGCAUUGCAAGCCGGUGACCUGUAAUCAUAAGGAUUUUGCCUGUGCCAAUGGGGACUGUAUCUCAGCACGCUUCCGUUGCGAUGGUGACUAUGACUGCGCUGAUAAUUCAGAUGAGAAGGAUUGUGAGACUCAUUGUGCAGAGGAUCAGUUUCAAUGCCACAACAAUCUCUGCAUCUCACGUAAAUGGUUGUGCGAUGGCCAGGAAGACUGUAAGACAGGGGAAGACGAGAGAAAUUGCCUCGGAACAGUGCUUCCCUCCUGCUCUCUAAAUGAGUAUGUAUGCGCAAGUGGAGGUUGUGUGUCUGCCAGUCUGAGGUGUGAUGGACAUGACAACUGUCUGGACAGUUCUGAUGAGAUGGACUGUGUCAAGGAGUGCAAAGAAGAUGAGUUUCUGUGCAAAAACCAUGCUCACUGCAUCCCCAAACGAUGGCGCUGCGAUGACGUGUUUGAUUGCGUGGACCACAGCGAUGAGGAAAACUGUGGUCAUGAUGCUUUCUUCUGUCGCCCCGAUGAGUUCAUCUGCAACAACACCCUGUGUAAGCUGCAUGUGUGGGUGUGCGAUGGUGAGGAUGACUGCGGAGACAAUUCUGAUGAAGACCCCGAGAUGUGUGCCAAACUACCUUGUCCUCCAGCAAGGCCAUAUCGCUGCAGAAAUGACAGAGUGUGUCUACGGCUUGAUCAAAUCUGUAACAAUGUGGAUAACUGUGGGGACAACUCAGAUGAAGAUGAAUGCGUUUCUGAGGACUUUCAGAUACACACAGUACUCAUUAAUCACUCAAAUGAUCUUAAGACUGUAUCAACUAGGCCCAAGCCAUGCGGGAAGGCAGAGUUUACCUGCAGUAAUCGUAAAUGUAUACCUGCACAGCUACAGUGCGACCUGUUUGAUGACUGUGGAGAUGGAGGAUCAGAUGAACAGGACUGCAAGGCUUCUUCAAAUGGAGACAUAUGUGGAAAGAGGAUGAAUCCUUGUGGAGAGGAUGCAGUGUGCAAUCAUACAAACACAAAUGCAAUUUGCCACUGCAAACCUGGCUUUCAGAGAAAUCUCAGAAGCAGAAAGUGUGAAGAAAUCAAUGAGUGCCUUAACUUUGGCGCUUGCUCUCACUAUUGCACAAACACAAAAGGAUCAUACAAAUGUGCAUGUGACAAAAAUUAUAAGGAUAUGAAUGGUAGCUGCAUAGCAAAAGGACCAGAAGAUCGAGUGCUCUACAUAGCUAAUGACACUGAAAUCCGAAGUUUUGUGUAUCCAUUUAACCAGAGCCAUGGACACAAAGUACAUGCUCGCAUCGAGGAAAAUGCCCGCAUCAUUGGGAUGGAUGCUCUGUAUCACCAACAAAAGUUUAUCUGGGCUACUCAGUUUAAUCCCGGUGGACUUUUUUACAAAGAUAUCCUAAACAGGAGUCAAACUAAAACAAAUGUUGGCAUCAUAUGCCCAGACUUCCGCAGACCCAGAGAUGUGUCAGCUGACUGGGUGACUGGAAAUAUCUACUGGACAGACCACUCUAGGAUGCACUGGUUCAGUUAUUACACAGCUCACUGGACCAAGCUUAGAUACUCUAUUAAUGUGGGGCAACUCAAGGGACCCAACUGCACCCGUCUGAUAACUGACAUUGCAGGAGAGCCUUAUGCCAUUACUGUCAAUCCAGUCAAAGGGAUGAUGUAUUGGUCAGUAAUAGGUGACCACUCACAUAUAGAGGAGAGUGCGAUGGAUGGCUCCAUGCGUAGAGUACUUUUGGACAAGAAUCUUCGGAGACCCACGGGGUUGGCGAUUGAUUACUUCAGCCAGCGCGUGUACUGGGCCGAUGCCGAGCUCUCUGUCAUUGGCAGUGUCCGCUUCGAUGGCUCAGACCCAUUGGUGGUAAUCGAUGGCAAGCAAGGAAUUUCACAACCGUACAGAAUAGAUAUUUUUGAGGAUUACAUUUAUGGAACAGGACUGAAAAAUGAAGUUUUCAGAAUACACAAAUAUGGGAAAAAGAACAUUGAACCUCUCAAUCUGGGUAUUGAAAAAACAACAAAUGUCCUGAUCUCUCAUCGUUUCAAGCAGCAGGAUGUGGCCAAUCCCUGUCUACGGAUGACCUGCGAAUUUAUGUGCUUGCUCAAUCCAACCGGGGCCAGCUGCACCUGUCCAGAGGGGAAGACCCUGGUCAAUGGCUCUUGUAUUGACCCCAUUGUCUCAGGUGAGCUGUGCCGACCUGCCUGUGAGAAUGGAGGACGUUGUAUGGCCAAUGAAAAAGGAGAUUGGCGCUGUUACUGCUGGCCCAGUUUCUCUGGGGAACGCUGCGAAGUCAACCACUGUACAGAUUAUUGCUUAAACGGAGGCACGUGCACUGGCUCACCUCUCGGGAAACCUACUUGCCGCUGCAUGGCAGGCUUCACCGGUCCUAACUGUGAGAGGCGGGUCUGUGAUCAUUACUGCCUGAAUGGAGGAACAUGUGAUGUAAGCCCUGGAAACCAGCCAGUGUGCCGCUGCUUGGCGGAGUACACGGGUGACCGCUGUCUGUAUCAUAUCUGUCAUCACCACUGUGUCAAUUCCAAGGCAUGUACGCUGUCCGGAUCAGGGCACGUUGAAUGUGUGUGCCCGGCUCGCUAUGAAGGGAUCAAGUGUGAUGUCGACAAGUGCCUGCGUUGCCACGGAGCCCCAUGUAUCAUUAAUGGAGAUACAGGAGAUGUGUCUUGCAACUGUACCAGCGGUCGAAUCGCCUCCAGCUGCCAGUUGUGUGAUGGCUACUGCUAUAACGGAGGCACCUGUCAUCUGGACCCCGACACCAGCCUACCCUUCUGCCAUUGCACGGCAGGGUUCAAGAACCAGCGUUGUGAUGAGCUGGCCAAUCCCUGCGAUUACUACUGUCAGAAUGAAGGGAUAUGCACAAUAACUGCCCUUAACAAACCUCGAUGCAAAUGCUCAGCUAAUUGGUCAGGGACGCAGUGCGAGAGGCCGGCCCCCAAGAGCAGCCGCUCCGAUAACACAGCUGGAGGAAGUAUAGCUAUCAUUGUGCCGUUGGUCCUGCUGGUCGUUCUGAUUACUACAGUGGUUACAGGUGUCUUCAUCUGCAGAAGACGACAAAGGGGGAAACGUGUACAACGGCAGCCCAUAACUAAUGGAGGCAUUAAUGUGGAGAUAGGCAAUCCGUCCUACAACAUGUAUGAGGUGGACCAUGACAACCACGCAGAUGCUGGAAGCCUUCUCAAACCAAAUUUCACACUCGAUCCCCACAAGGGCUGGUGUGUAAAAUCCAGUGACCCUUGCACGCUGAAUAUUCAUUCUGUCCCUAAGGAAAUAAUACCUGGACAGCCAGUGAACUACUCCAAUCCGAUGUACGCGAAGAUGUACCUCGAUGGUCAGAACUGUCGCAAGCCAGUCCUCAACAUUGACGAAAGGAGAGAGCUACUCCCAAAGAAACUUGAGGGGACGAUUCGAGAAACCGCCGCAUAGCCUGACUACACUUUGUACUCUUUUUUUACUUAAAUGUACAAAAUGUAUAAAACACAAGGAAAACAAAAAAAAUUUUCUAUUUCCUAUCAGGUUCAGAUAUCUUGUUUAUAUUUGGUUUCUUGACAACAUCAGCAUUGCGCCUUUAUGUCUGUUGCGAUAUUUGGAGUCAUACUUGUCCAUCUAUUUUUUAAACUGUUUUGUUGUACUGCACAUGUGACACACAGCUGCUCAUUUGCACAUUGUGGACAGUUACCGAAAUUACAACAGCAAAAUCUUUUUCUUUUAAUUGGUUUUAUUUCUUCCUAAAUUUGAAGUAUGUUGCCUUGGGGCAUCAUGACAGCUUUUGCCUUUUUUCUUUCUAGCGUUUACUUCACAUUACACUGUGAAAGUUUUCAUUUCCGUAUAGUAUUAACCUCAUUUAUCGUAUUUAAUUAUGCUAGAAAUGCCAUAUUUGUGCCAUCUAAAGGGUUUUUGUUAUAUUCAUGUAAGAUUUUAUUCUUUAUUUCCCUCCUACCGCUUUCUUUCACAACAUAGGGCUACAUAAGUCAACCACUUGACUUGAGUCAGUUCUUAUUGAAGAAAUGAGUUUAUAUCUCUCCAGUCUUGUUUUUUUCAUUUCCACCACCCAGAAAAAUGCUGCAAUUAUGAACCAUGUGUAUGAAACCCAACCAUGUGGCAUGCUGGGAUAGCUCAGCACUGAAUGGAAAUAUUGACCAAGUGCCGUCCUCUCUACGGUUUGAAAACAUCUCUGCGAAACUGAUAUCUGUUUGAUGGUCAUUAAACUACAAUCUAGUAGUUGUGUGUAAGACAUGCUACUUUUCUGCUACUUUGCCUGCUUAAAGCUAUAUUUGAGCUCAGCAAUACAGCUACAGUACACCGGCUUCAUCAAGCAAAUUAAUGCUGACUUCAUCACUGUUAGACAAAAGACCUAGGACAAGAUAUCACGUAUAGGUCACGGAUCGUUCUUGACAUGUCAUGGACGCCGGAGAGAAUCAAAGUUACUGUUACAUGGGAAUUUUAGAGAUUGUGAAUUAAAUCACGUGACCGGUUACUUUCAGAAGGGAAGCUACUAAGAUACAACAGAUUUUAUAAUUUUGUAUUUGAUUUAUAUGUUGUUUGGCUGCUUGUAUUUUGGAGAAAAAUGUAUUAAAUGUAAGUACUUUUUAUAUAAAAAGCAAAUCAAUAUAAAAUAAAGACAUUUUAUUUCCAUUUCAAA